AUGAGUAAUAACAUUCUACAAAAUUAUCUCUUAAGGGAAUUAAAAAAUAGUUCCAAUGUCGAUACUAUUGAUAUUGAAGACAAUGAUUUUCUUAUACUAAAUUGUAUAUAUGAUCAAUUAUUAAUUAAAAUAAUAGAGACUGCAAAUGAUUUUGCAAAACAAGAUAGAUCCUUAGAUGUGUUACCAGAACAUAUAAAUAGAGCAUAUAGACAGAUAGCGAACGAGGAUAGUGUAGUUUAA